AUGGGUCUUCUCUCUAUGCAGCAUCAUCCACAGCACCAGCAACAGGGUCAUCCGCCUUCCCAACACCUACAACACUCGCGACCCCCGAGUGUAGUUCACCAGCAGCAUCACGCGCAGCCUCAUCCACCGCCGCAACAGCAACACCAAAGCGCGUACUCUUCGACGCAUUCGCUCCCUCAAGGUUACCAAGCCAGUGGUCAAGCGCCUAGCAACCAGGACAACCUCAACUAUUACAAUCACCCAAGCCCUUACAGCACACCAGGUGCCACAAGCGGAUACACAUCCGCCGACAUGAUGGCCGCAGCACAAAUGCCGAGACCUCCUUACCCCCCAAUGUCCUAUCAUACGCCUCAAUCCAACUCUCCAGCUUCAGUCGCAUCCCCCUCUCAACAUGAUCAGCACAGAAGCAUCUAUGGCCAACCACCAUCGCAGCAUAUGCAACAGUCAAUGUACUAUCAGCCUCAGAACCAGUACCAAACCAUGCCUCCUCAAGCUGCCGCAUCGCCGUAUGCGCAACAUGCGCCCCACCCUCAACAGUCAAUGACAUCCCAACCCGCCAUGAUGAUGUCUCAAACCGCACCUCAGAACCAGAUGACCCAGCAUGCUGCGCAGCAUGCGCAUGCGGGAAUGACAGGCAGUCCUCGACCGAAGAUUGAGCCUCAAGUGCCUCUCCAACUUCAGAAGCCACAGUCCUCCCCCAUGCAACAAGCUCAUCACCCUCAAAAUGGCGGGCAACUGCAGAGCCCAGGAAACACCACACCUGGUGUCAACCCAAGCGCAGCCCCCGGGCCCAUCCCUGCUACGACCCCUCUUGUGGUUCGACAGGAUGGCAAUGGUGUCCAGUGGAUCGCUUUCGAGUAUUCUAGAGACCGAGUUAAGAUGGAGUACACCAUUCGCUGCGACGUUGAGUCAGUCAACAUUGACGAGCUGUCCCCCGAGUUCAAGCAGGAGAACUGUGUCUACCCCCGCGCAUGUUGCCCCAAGGACCAGUAUCGCGGCAACCGUCUGAUGUACGAGACCGACUGCAACCGUGUUGGCUGGGCUUUGGCCGAGCUUAACAUCCCCCUUCGAGGCAAGCGAGGCCUCAUCCAGCGAGCCGUGGACAGCUGGCGUAACAGCAACCAGGACCCCCGACUUCGUAGUCGACGAGUCCGUCGCAUGGCAAAGAUGAACCAGCGAAAGCAGGUUCAAGCUUCUCCGCAUCCCGGUGCGGCACACAUGCCAGGCCCCAGCGGACCAUCAGGGAUGCCUGGUGGCCCUGGACCCAUGGGACCCAGUCCCGCCUCCAUGGGCAAGCCUGCCCUCGGUAGCAUGGGUCAACCGAUGCACCACCACCAACCAGGUGCUCACCCCGACGGAUCAGGACAAGGUGGACAGGAUGAAGUUGGUAUGUUUCACCAGAUGUGAUUGAAUUAACGAACACCCUCAUGUCUGCGUUUGCAAAGCCUUUUGGUCUUUGCUUCCCACCCACCCCGAGUAUUCGCUGCCCAACUUAUCACACCGCACAGCCCUGCUUGACCAACGUUGUGUUGAUUAAUUGAUACCAAACGCAUCUUGUUUUCCUUAUUACCGCACAAAAAAUUAUUGUUUUAUGGCAAUGGCUGUGCUCAUCACGCCUUUUGCAAUUUCUGUUACUUCGGUUUGCGAUUCGAUUUUUUGGGAACUGGAUCUGUCUUCUCCUUUCUUUGCCUAUCACUUGUCCAGGACGACGUAGGCAGUCGUCACUUAUAUUUAUACAGCAUGCCACAGUGGCUCUCGAGGGGUUAUGAGGAACUCUCUGUUUUUUUGAUUGACACAGUUCUGUACAUUACCAUAAAGUCGCGCCUGCACAGUUGCUGCUGCCACUGUUAGUUGUUUUAUUUGCUGCUGGGUUUCCGCGACUCUUAGACGAGUUCAAUCUGCCUCUUGGCUUUAAAAGUUGCAUUUAUCGUUUGCUUUGGUUGA